UGAUCUGUGUGUAUCAUCAGUUCCUUUCUUGAAUUUCUUCUCUUUUUCUUGUCCCAAUAUAUCACUAAUUAAUAGCGUGAUAUCUUGGCAAAACUUAGCCCUAAAUCUUACAAGAAAUCCCAAAACAAAACAAAAUAUUUAUCCAGUGAAAGCGAUAACCCUAAAUAUUCACAGCUGUGGUAAAUAUGUCAGUUUAUGAAAUUGUUGUUUUUCUCUUUUGGGUUCUUAUUGUCUUUCAUUUUAGUAUCAUCUAACACUAAUUCUACUAUUUUUAAAUUUCAUAUAAAUUUCUUUAAAAAUUUUGAGGCUCAAGAACCAAGAUUUUGUUUUAGGUUAUUAUUUGCUUUCUUGGCUUUCUUUUUAGCCAUCUUCUGCACUUCUCAUUUGUCCAUCCUUGUUCCAUCACCUCAAGAAUAUAUAUUUUCAGAGCUUUUUGAGAUUUUAUUUAUUUAGAGCUCAUCGCUUAUAUAUAUUAUAUUAUAUUUUGAAAAUUUCAUGUUCUUGAGCAUUCUAUUCGUAUAUUUAAGUUCUUGAACUUUUUAAAUCCGUAUGAUAGUUAAAACUUCUAUUUCUUGAAAAUGGAGUGCAGUCAUCACAGUCUUGUUUUCUUUCAAAGAAUUGGAUAUUUCAGUACCAUUUCCUUCAUCUUUUUCUUGAUUUCAAGCUCAACCCAAGUUAUAUUCAAAGCAGAAGGUAGACUUACUCCUAAAUCUCCAAGUUUCUCACAGACAGUAAAUGAAGAGAAAAUGUUAAUGAGAUCUCAAAUUGGAUCAAGACCACCAAGAUGUGACAGAAGAUGUAGCACAUGUGAGCAUUGUGAAGCAAUUCAAGUUCCAACAAAUCCUCAAAUUAAUCAUGGCACCAAAAAUUACUCAGCCACUAAUAGUUUCUCAAAUAUUGCUUAUUCAAGAGGAGAUUAUUCUUCUAAUUAUAAGCCUAUGAGUUGGAAAUGCAAAUGUGGAAAUUUAAUUUUUAAUCCUUGAUUAAUUAAAUUAAUUUCUUGACAUUUUUAUAA